AUGAGUUUAGCUAGUCCAAAAUUAGCACCUGUUGUUCUCAAUACAAACAAUAAUAAUAAUAAUAACAACAAUCAAACAAAUACUUCUUCAACAUCUAUUAAGAAAGAAUUAAAUAAUAAUAAAUCACGAUCAUCAAAUGGAAAAGAUUCAAAAUCAAAUAAUAAUCAUCAACUAGAAUCUAUUCACGAUUCAACAACAAAACGAAUAAGUCGAGUUUUACAUAGUAGUGAUGAUGAUGAUGAUGAUGAUGAUGAUGAUGAUGAUGAUAAACCAUUGGCUAAAAAAGUAGCUGCCAACAAUGGUCGAAACUCAACAACAACAAUAAAUAUUAAAAAAGAAACAACAACAGUUAUUAAAAAGGAACCGAAAUGUGAAUCAACAUUAAUUUAUGUUAAAAAUGAUCCAUCACCAGGAAAACGUAAAAAUGAAAAUAUUGAUAUUGAUGAUGAUGAUAUUCCAUUGGCAAAGAAAGCUAAAAAUCAAAUAUCUACAGAAAGAAAAUUGAAUUCAAUAAUAAAAGUUAUUAAAAAAGAAAAAAGUUCAGAUAUUAAACCAUUAUUAUCAUUAUCAAAAACAAAAGAAUCAAGUGAAAAGAAAAAUUCUUCAUCAAAUCGAUCAUCAAGAAAAAUAAAAAAAGAAAAAUUAACUCCAACAUCAUCACCAAUCAAACAAACAACUGGAAAACGUAAAAAGAAAGAAGAAGAAGAAGAAGAAGAUAUUUGGCGAUGGUGGGAAGAAGAAAAAUAUACAGAUGGGAGAAAAUGGACAACACUUGAACAUAAAGGUCCUUUAUUUCCACCUUUAUAUGAAUCAUUACCACAUAAUGUCAAAUUUUUCUAUAAUGGUAUGGAAGUUAAAUUAAAAGAAGCAGCUGAAGAAAUCAUGACAUUUUAUGCUCGUAUGCUUGAUCAUGAUUAUACAUCAAAAGAAAUAUUUAAUAAUAAUUUUAUGUCGGAUUGGCGUAAAUCAAUGACACAAGCUGAACGGGAAUUAAUAAAAGAUAUACGUAAAUGUGAUUUUACACAAGUUGCCAAUUAUUUUAAAGAACAAACAGAACAAAGAAAAGCAAUGACAAAAGAAGAAAAAAAAAAAUUAAAAGAUGAUAAUGAAUUAAUUCGAAAAGAAUAUGGAUUUUGUAUGUGGGAUAAACAUCGACAACCUGUUGGAAAUUAUAAAAUUGAACCUCCUGGACUUUUUCGUGGUCGUGGUGAACAUCCAAAAAUGGGUUGUGUUAAAAAACGUAUUGCUCCAGAAGAUGUUAUUAUUAAUAUUGGUCGACAAGCACAAAUACCUAAACCACCUGAACGACAUCAUUGGAAAGAAAUUCGACAUGAUAAUAAAGUUUCUUGGUUAGUUAUGUGGACUGAAAAUGUUAGAGGAAAUAAUAAAUAUAUUAUGUUAAAUGCUUCAUCACGUGUUAAAGGUGAACGAGAUUGGCAAAAAUAUGAAAAAGCUCGAAAACUUCAUAGAUUUAUUGAUACAAUAAGGGAAAGUUAUCAAAUUGAUUGGAAAAGUAAAGAAAUGCGUAUACGUCAACGUGCUGUUGCACUUUAUUUCAUUGAUAAACUUGCUCUUCGAGUUGGAAAUGAAAAAGAUGAAGAUGAAGCUGAUACUGUUGGUUGUUGUUCAUUACGUAUUGAACAUAUUAAAUUAUUUGAUAAAAUUGAUAAUAUUGGAGAAAAUGUUGUCGAAUUUGAUUUUCUUGGCAAAGAUAGUAUAAGAUACACAAAUAAAGUGAGUGUUGAAUCACGUGUAUAUAAAAAUUUAAAAUUAUUUAUGGAAAACAAAAAUGGCGAUGAUGAUUUAUUUGAUCGUCUUACAACAUCAGGUCUUAAUCAAUAUUUAAGUGAAUUAAUGGAAGGUCUUACAGCUAAAGUCUUUCGAACGUAUAAUGCUUCAAAGACACUUCAAGAUGAACUUGAUUCACUGACUGAUCCAAAUGCAUCUAUACCAGAAAAAAUUCUUGCUUAUAAUCGGGCUAAUAGACAAGUUGCUUUACUUUGUAAUCAUCAACGUUCUAUACCAAAAACAUUUGAAAAAAGCAUGGAAACACUUAAAGCGAAAGUAAUUCGUUUUUUUUUUAUUUAA